AGACGAGCGAUCUCACUCUCUCUGCCCAUGGCGACACACAGGUUAAACCCUAGCGGUAUCGCUUUUCUCUCCCUACUACUCUUCAUCUCGAUCGCUUCUGCUAAAGUSUUCUUCGAGGAACGUUUUGACGAUGGAUGGGAAAGCCGGUGGGUUAAAUCUGAUUGGAAGAAAGACGAGAACAUGGCGGGGGAAUGGAAUUACACCUCUGGUAAAUGGAAUGGAGAUGCCAAUGAUAAAGGUGUACAGACCAGUGAAGACUACAGGUUUUAUGCCAUAUCUGCUGAGUACCCUGAAUUCAGCAAUAAGGAUAAAACACUAGUCUUCCAAUUUUCUGUCAAGCAUGAGCAGAAGCUUGACUGUGGUGGUGGCUACAUGAAGUUGCUUAGUGGUGAUGUGGACCAAAAGAAGUUUGGYGGCGAUACCCCCUAUAGUAUCAUGUUUGGACCUGAUAUCUGUGGGUAUGCCACAAAGAAAGUCCAUGCAAUUCUUACAUACAAUGGGGAAAACAAAUUGAUCAAGAAAGAUGUUCCUUGUGAGACUGACCAGCUUACACAUGUUUAUACCUUCAUACUCYWCCCUGAYGCAACCUACAGUAUCCUCAUUGACAAUGAAGAGAAACAAACAGGAAGCUUGUACUCUGAUUGGGAUCUUCUCCCAUCAAAGCAAAUAAAGGACCCAGAGGCCAAAAAGCCUGAAGAUUGGGAUGAGAAGGAGUUCAUUGCCGAYCCUGAGGACAAGAAACCAGAGGGUUAYGAUGACAUCCCAAAGGAGAUUGCAGACCCAGAAGCCAAAAAGCCAGAAGACUGGGAUGAUGAGGAAGAUGGCGAGUGGACAGUCCCAACUAUUCCAAACCCUGAGUACAASGGUCCAUGGAAGGCAAAGAAAAUCAAGAACCCCAACUACAAAGGGAAGUGGAAGGCACCUAUGAUUGACAACCCAGAUUUUAAGGAUGACCCUGAUCUCUAUGUUUUCCCCAAGUUGAAGUAUGUUGGCAUAGAGCUGUGGCAGGUAAAAUCUGGAACUCUGUUUGACAAUGUCUUGAUAUGUGAUGAUCCUGAAUAUGCCAAACAAGUGGCAGAAGAAACAUGGGGCAAACAAAAAGAUGCUGAGAAGGCAGCAUUUGAAGAGCUAGAAAAGAAAAAGGAGGAAGAGGAAUCAAAGGAUGAUCCAGCUGAUUCUGAUGUCGAUAACGAUGAUGAUGCUGAAGUGGAGGACGAUGAAGAAGCUGAAGAAAGCGAUGUGAAGGAUGAGCUGUAGAUAGAGGAGCUGAAUUUCAAACUAUCCAAAACAUAAAAUUGAGAUGUGUGGUUAGAAGAAUUUUCUUCCUUUUUUUUCGACAAUUAGGAAUAUGGAAUGCGGAUUUGAAUCACUUCACUUAUGGCAACUAUCAGAAUAUUGUUAGAAAGAAGGGUGGAACAUGUGUGUUUUUGUAUGACAAAAUGCUUCGGUCUAUUGCACUUGUUAAUCCAUUUAACAUACUUAUGAAAAAUGAUUGUUUGACAACGGAUAAUAGUUCAGCAAAUAGUAGCAACAUCGUUAUGGAUCAUCAUUGAAUGUCAAUGGAUUCGUGUU